GCGUCCCAACCAAGACCAUCUGGCGAGCAUCCUUCGCCUCGGGCGCGGGCCUUGGCCGCCCUGGCGCAUCUUGGCCUAGACGGCGAUGCGGGUGACGCAGCGGCUGGCCAAUCAGACGCCGAGACUGUCUCGGACACCCUGAGCGCCCACACAGCAAUCGCUUCGCCGCCGCACACGCCGCGCAGCUACCUAAGCCUCGCACACAAUCGCGCGCGCACCACCGCGCCCACACCGGGCGAGCCCGAGGACCUCGUGCAUGGCGAAGUCGCGCCAACGCAGGCCGACGAGGCGACCCCGGGGUACUCACCAGUGGACGCGCUUGCGCCGUGCGAUGCGCACGCGCCCGCGUUGUGCGAUGCGCGGCCACCGCGCUCUUCUCCACCGGAGCGGCUGUCGUGGCUUUACGUGCCACUUUUGCAUGCGGCCGCAGGCUCCUUGUCUGAAGAAGCGGUGCGGGCUUGGAGCUCGCACCCGAGCUUGGGCGACCGUUGGGCCGCUCUUGUCUCAGCGAUGCCCAUGAAGGUCAGGCCUGUAGCCGCAGCAGACAUCGACCUUGUGAACGUUCUGACGGCUUUUCCAGAUUCGGUUCUGCCGCUGCCCGCGGCCGUUGCUUUGAGCGCAAGCCCUGACGGCUACCUCACGGCGGCCGCGCAAUCGGCAUUGCUGGAAACAUUCGGGGGUGGCACUGUGGCCGCAGCGGCACAAGCUUUGGCCGAGGACAUGCGACAUGCCCUCGACUACGCAGUGCCGGAAUGCCCACAAGAAGCCCCAGAGAGGCCGUCCCCGGCACCGAGCCGCCGCAGGCGGGGUUGCCGAGGCCGAGGGCGCGGGCGCGGCCGUCAAGCUGCGGCGCAACUCCCAGCUCCCGCUGGCACCGUCGACGCUGACGAGGGCUCCACGCAAGCGCGGCCGGCCGGCAUCUCCGAGGCAGCCCGGGACGCUUUCGACGCAAUUGACCUCAAGGAAGAGUUGCGCCAUCCUGUGCCCACUCUGCAGGACGCGUACGCCGUGCUGGAACCCCGCGCGGCUGAGUUGCCGGCUUCGCGAGCUUGGAAGCUGUUCUUCCUAGCACCGCGCAUGCUUCUGGCACGGCCGGACACAAAAGGGGCUCGGGGGCGUGAUGAGCUGUUGGCACGUGCCCGUGCGUUUGAGCGCGGCGAGUGGGUUCACUUGCUCCGGGCCGCGCGCCGGCAAUGCACUCCGGCGCGCGGAGCAACCCUCCAGGACGCAGAAGCCUUGGCAGAGCGAAAACGCGCCCAAAGCUGUGCAAAGGUCCGCUUAGGCGAGCUGUCACGAGCCCGCCACAUCCUCACAGCAGCGGAGUUGGCGCCGGGAGACGAAACCAC